CGGCCAGUCAUCAAGGAGGACGGUGGAGGAAGAAAUGCAGAGAACGUUAUAACUUUCGACGACGAAGACGAUGCCCUUUUGAAUGUGUUUUCAAAAGGUGCGAUAAAGCAGUUUGAAAUGGACAAGGUGUUCAAGCCACAGUCCACCCAGGAACAGGUAACAAAGUUUGUUUAAUUUGAAAGCAGCUCUUAGAGAGUUUGAGCAGACGUUGUUGAGUGAUGCACGUCAAUAGGAAGUGUAGUUUUUGCAUUCUUGCGCAGUGUUCAGGCUUGUUAAAAGGGAAAAGGCCUCUCCGCCUGAUGACUUUCGUCGCUCAUAAACGUCUUUGCUUAAGUUCCCAAUUAUAAUCUGGAAUGUGGGGAGUAAUACAAUUUGACUCUCAGCCUAGAUACCUGAAUAAUGAACACCUAUAGAGAGAGUGCUGCACUCUAAACCAACAUUUCCUUGUCCUGCAAAAAUAAAGUUCCCCGAAAGAAGAGGGAGAUAACUUGUCCUUAUUAAAAGUCAGGACUAGCGUUCCCUUCUCCACCCACUAACUUGAGGUCCCUACAGUGUCCGCAAUAAAGGGAGGCGACUGUACAAGGAUUUUUACCAGGCGAAUCAGGCAAAUAAUGUCAACUUAGUUUCAAAGUUGUACGGCCGUUGAAGCUUCCAUUACUUAUUUGUCUUUUGGUAGGUUUUUGAGGAGGUUAAAUCCCUUGUGGUCUCUUGUAUCGAUGGUUAUAACGUGUGUAUAUUUGCUUAUGGACAGACCGGAAGUGGAAAAACGUUCACAAUGGAGGUAAGGCUAAGUUGAUAGCGUGAACAAGGUUGUGAGAAAAAUUCCUCGUUUUGUAUUUGCUUUGUUUUGAUACAUUUUUUUCAUGUUCUGAGCAGUUAUUUUUGCGUCUCACAUUAAUUAGUGGCGGCUCCCGCUCUUUCAAUUUUGAUAUAUUUCGUGAUACAGCUCCUUUAACUCGUCUUUUAUUUUACAGGGGCCUUCGUCGAAUCCGGGAAUUAACCAGCGUGCAUUAAAGCUCCUGUUUGAAGAAACUCGUGACAGAGGCGUUGAUUGGAGCUUUAGUAUCAACGUCUCUGUCAUUGAGAUAUACAAUGAGAUGAUCCGUGACCUACUUGGCCACGAUCCUUCCAUUAAACUGGAAGUAAAACAAGGUCGGGACGGUCUUUUUGUUCCAGGCCUUACAGAAAUUCAAGUCGGCGAUGUUGAUGAACUGAAUGAGGUG